AUCAGCGGUUAAUUAGAGACUUAGCAAAUAAAUUGCCUUCUAAUUUGCAUCAAAAGUGGUUGAUGCACGUAAAUGAAGAAAAGGAAUUGUCUUCAUUAAUGAACCCAUACGUUGCACUCACCCUUAAUGAUUUCUAUGAUUGGUUGAAACCACAUGAAACAUUAGCCACUAUGUUGUUGGCGGAAAAGUUGAAGGGUAAUGAGGGAGUCAACAAACCGGGGAAAUCCGAUCGUGUAAACUUCCAUAAGUUACCACCACGGAAAUGUCCCAAAUGUAACAAAAACCAUAAAUUGGUAGAUUGUACCGAUUUUAAGAAGAUGCCUGUGAACAAGCGAAGGUUGUUCGCAGUGGAGAAGAAGCUUUGCUUCUCCUGUUGCAGACCGAACCACAGAGUAAUAGAUUGCCGAAAUAAAACCGUAUGCAAUAUAGAUGGAUGUGCUGUUAGACACCAUCGUUUGCUUCACGAAAACCCAGGGGGUAAAGAUAAAGUCGAAACUGUGAAAGGAAAUAUAAAUUAUCACUCGAGGAGAACCCAACAGGUAUAUUACCCUAUACUUCCAGUUACAUUAUCUAAUGGUGAGCAUAAAAUCAAUACUCACAUAUUCUUUGAUUCAGGCUCUUCUAUUAGUCUAAUUCAUCAGGGAACAGCUGAUGAAUUAGAAGCGAAAGGUUCAAAACAGAAGAUAUCCUUGGCUUGGACUAACGGAGAAGUUCAAGAAGAUGAUAAUAGUGAGAUUAUCAAGCUUAGAGUUAAUGGAUCAAACGGGAGGUAUUUUACUUUGGAUCUUUGGAGGAUCUUUGCACAGUAAGAAAACUUUCCCUGCCAAAGCAAUCUCUAAAUUAUGAACAAUUAAAGGGACGUUAUCCUCAUAUUGAAGGAUUAGACAUAGAAUCCUACGAUAACGCAACUCCCACAAUAUUAUUGGGGCUUCCACACGCUUAUCUCUUUAGAAGCAUCGAAGAUAGAGUUGGUGUUAAAAAUAGUUUGAACAUUUUAUUCAAAUUUCAUUUUAAAGUUGAACCAACCCAAUGUUCGUAUCAUCAGAACCAUAUGCCAGGCAUAGACCAGAUAAUAAAUCUAUGUUUAGUUUUCAAACCAUAAAUGUUUCCUUUAGCAUAUGUUUAUUCUAGAUAGUUUACCUCCCAGGAAGAGCAAAUUCUAGAUAGGAAACCGUUUUCGAAUGUUUACUUUAGAUAUGAUCGCUUCUCGAGCGUUGUUCAUAUGGAUAGAAUAAACAUACUCACGAUAGGAAUUUUCCAUUCAUUCGUUUGCAAGAUUGCCUCUUGCAUUAAAACUUGUAUCCUUUAGGAUAACAGAUGGCACCACUCAUAAGUAUUUGCACGAUAGGUGUCGCGACGAUUAGAAAUUGCAUUCCAUGUUGGAUGCAAUUUGAGACUCUUCUAAUAAGAAUUGCAGGUCCUUUGGCUAUGGGCUUUUAGAGGUCAGCACCUAAAUUAUAAGAGUGCCAUCUGUAUUAGAAUUUCACGCAGUAAGAAUUUAGAAUACCAGUUAGAAUUGGUUAAAGGUAUAGGUAAUGAUGAUAUGAACACUAAUUAAUAUGUAUAGGUCGAUUUCCCAAAGAUUAUGUAUAUAUAGCUUAAGAGGUCCUUUGGAAAAUACAGUUCAGUUUUCACUUCCUAAUCGACAAGACGUUUGUCAUUCCUUUAGUGAACAAUCCAAGUUGCCUUCGAAGAACUUGAUUAAAUCUCCAGAAAAGCAUAGAACCAAAUUGCUGGUAACUAGCACUGGAAUCCAUUCAAUCUUGUUCGGAAAUUGCAACUCCUCCGAAAGAUCCGAAAAGAUUUCCAAAACGCUUUCAACAUUGGUGGCUCCAGAGAGGAAAGUGACUCACGGCUUCGCUGAUUGUAAUUCGGAAAUCUUUCCAAGGAGGAAAGGAGGAUCGGAAAGUGAAUUUACUAAUUGGCGCCAACGACCAACGAGGAGGAAAGAUAGGAAGCCUCAAUAGGAAUCAGCUCGGGAUAAUUGGAGCUGAUUACACCACAUCAAAAGGAUAGGAACAAAUCGAGAUUUGCCGCGUAAGUCGUAGCGUCGCAUCGGGAUCAUCGAUUAACGUUCCGCCUUAAAGGAAUUGGCGCCUACGACCACAGAGGAAAGUGACUCACGGUUUCGCGGAUUGUAAUUCGGAAAAUUCCAACGAGGAGCUUUAUUGGAUCAGUGACGUAGUGUUUAAAUGGAUCAUCGAGUGACAAAAUUAUUCUUUCAAUGAGGAUGUUAGAAUAAAUUACAUCGAAGGAUUGGCCGCGUAAGUCGUAGCGUCGCAGAACGGGAUCAUCGAUUGUCAUCAAGUUGUCAUCGAACUGUCAUCAACCGUUUACUCAGUAAAGGAAAACUGGGUAAUUUAUGAAAUCUGAUCGCCUUAGUAAGGCCGGAAAAUGAUUUCACACUGAAUUAAUUAGGACUCGGACAAACGGAUCGGCCGUUACGAGCUAAUUCAGUGAAGACUGAUUGAUGUAUCGGAGAAAUACAAAUCAAUAAAAAUGUCGUCAAUGAACUACAUUAUGAAUCCACAUGGACGUUGCCCACUGUGUACAAGUAUGGAUAAAAAAGAUGACAUGGUGUCAUGCAACAGGUGCAUGGCACAGUUCCAUUUAUGUUGUGUCGGUAUUGAAGAUAAACCGAACAAAGGAUAUCAAUGGAUAUGCGCUAAGUGCAGCGAGAUAUCUGCAUUGGAAAGUAAAUUGGCGGAACUUAAUGAAGUUCUGUCUCAACAAUUAUCAGGUGAUGUCAAGUCAACGACAUCACCGCAAGAAAUAUCAUUCGAAGUAGAGAAGCUACGACUCGAAUUGAUGAAUGUCGAAGGAUCGACAGAUUCUGAUGUUAUAGAAAUAUCAGAAAAGUUGGAUAAGCUGGUCGUCAACUUAGGCUAUUUGGAUAAAUAUAGCUUCAAUCCAUUCCGAUAUUGUAAUUCAACCCUACUCGGAUGUUUGAUUGAAAAGCUUCCAACGGAUUUAAAUCAAAAGUCUUGGAAGUUUGUUGCGCAAUUUGCAAGAAAUAUUCGUCAACCAUCUGUAGAUAUUGUUCCCACAUUGGAUGUGUUCAAUGCAUGGCUCAAGCCACAUGCAGAGGAACUGAAGCGAAUGAAUGCUUUAAAGCAAUAUCUCAAUCGAAGUUAUGAAAAUUUAAUCGAUUGGAAUGGAGCAGAAGACGCUCAAUGCACUAAUGAAAUUAGUGAAAAUGGUAAAAUGGAUAAUGGCAAUUCCUGCGUAAUUGAAGUUGAUCAGAACGAGAGACCCUGUCGCCCUCCUGCCAGGUGCAGCAUACCAGAUCGGUAUCGAGCGGAACAUUUUGAAUCAAGUAAUCAUGAGGAUCUCGAGCUCAGCAGGGUUGAACCAGGGAAACGGUUUAUCGAUAGAGAUAAGCUUGUUCCGGAUCGGGAACAAGAAGUAUCAAGUGAGCUACCAGAAGAACAAUCAAUUACGGAAUCUGAGGAUUUAGCUGUUCUUUUCGAACAACUCCAAGAAGAUCCUGUCAAACCAAAUUGUGCUAUCCCGUCACAGCACAAGAAAUAUGACGCAUAUGCAGCGAAUAAUCUGCAAAAGUUUGGCAACAAGUUCAGCGAAAAUGAAAUAUCUUCGACUGAAAGUAAUACAUUAGAAAGCAUUAGUAUUGGAAAGCGAGGUAAUAAAUUGCGAACUAUUAGUGGAAGCCUGAAGUUCAAAAAGUCCAUUGUAAAUGGAAGUGAUGUAUUCAAAAUGAAACGAGCUAAGAAUGCAUUUAAAUGCCAUGGCAUAAAUAUAGCACAGAAAAACUUGUUGAUACCUGGAGCACAAAAUCAUGGCGCAGAAACGUAUGCUCCGAACUAUGCUUUCAAGUCAAAAUAUGCUUCUGAUCAUAAUUAUGAAAAAAUUGAACGCGAUUUUAUGAUCAAUGAAAUUUCCAUUACGCCGAAUUCACGAGUUGUAUUCGAUAGAGGCAGAGCAGAUAUUUGUGAUUAUUUGGUACAACAAAAAGAGACAACAAAACUAAAAUGACCACGGCAAAUCAUAAGCAGAACCGUUUACGGUUCACAACUAAUAAAGAGUAUGAAACGAAAAGUAGUAAUGGAAACGAAUCUACAGCAAUUAGUGUGCCAUUUGUGCUAUUCCUGAAUAAAUUACAAUCAUCGGAUAUUAUCAUCAUGUACGCCAAGGAAAGGAAAAAACAGCCAGGAAUCAACACCGGAGCAGUGAAAAGAAAAACUAUCAUCUUUAUUACGAUAAUUAAAACGUGGAAAUUCAUCACGUUGAAGAAACUGGAAAACAAAUAUAAGCAUCAAUGUAUUGAAAUGAGGUUCAAUAGUCAUAUGGAUGCAGAAAUUACCGCACAGAGUUUCAAGACGCACUACAUUCAGAUUAGCUCUCGUUACUACGAAGAAGAAAGUGACAAUUUUACAGACAAUGUGGAGAGUGUGAAGCUACAUGCAUUACGACGCUUGAAAUGCUGAUAAUGCUUACUGGACGUAUGAAGCUAUGAAAUAAUUGUUCUAUGAAUCAUAAGGUGCCACUUAUGCAUUUAAAUAGUCCGAUUCACUGAGGUAACACAAGUCAGUACAUCACCAACCGAGAUUUUAUCCCAAUCAUGCAGAUUACUAGUUUGCUAAUCAACGACAAAUACAGAUUUGAUUUAAACGACCUGAUGGAAAUGAUAAACAGCAGAGAGAGAACAGACAUGAGAUAUAAAAAUCACGAUACAGACGUGACAAGAAAAUUAUGCCCAUGCUUGCUUUGAUUAAGACAAUAAUCGGAGUGACACUCAUAUCAAGUGCAAAUUUACCAUGAUACGGAAACCAUAUGUCUGUCAUAAGUAUUACAUAUCGAGCGGAAUCUGAAUACAAACUAAAGUAUUCUACAAUUGAAGACACAUGAUGUUUUGAAUAUGUUUGGCGAAAAGAGAGUGCCAUGACUAUUCACGAAUUGAAUGUAAAAAUUAGAUUUUUGCAUUGUUUGUCAUCGAGAUUUAUUUUGCGUAUAAAUUGAGUUUUCCAAACUGGGGCAAGAGUAAGCAAAUUGAUGGAGACCAAGCUGCAAUAGAGGAACAUAAAUUGAUUGCACCCCUUUUGCUUCCUGCAAAGUUCAUGUUCGGAGGAAGAUGGUAUACGACGGACGGAAAGUUUCGGAAAACGAGCUCCGGAAAAAAUAUCUACGGAAAUCGUGACCAUCGUGACAUUUCGCUACCAAACCUGAAAUUUGAAUCUGAAGUUUACGACGAGGAAAGUGUUAAAAGGAUGAAAACAUGAUUUAUGAACAAGGAGACCGGCGCAUCGCUUUAUCAGUUAUACAUCGAAUUUUGACAAAUCAGAACCCUAAUCAGCAAGGCUUUCGAUUCGACGCCCUGGUUGUAGAGCAUGUAGUGGAAGGAAUCCUCAGACAAAUACUGGAAAAAGAUCUUGACCUGGUCCAACUGGUUUGGACAUCUAUCGUCGAUAGUCUUUGAUCUUUUGCAUCGAACCCUCAAGUUUAUGAUCGACGCAUCAAUUUAAGGACGGGUUAUUCACGACAUUUAUGGAUUUGGGUGGCAGCUGAUUGCUUAAUUGUGGGACUCAACUUUCUAUCACAUCGCCUUGCAACUAGAAUGGCCAAUAACCCAGGAUUGUGAUGCAAUGCAGCGGACAUCGAUUACACCAAGUACACUAUUGAGAAGUAAUGUAAUUUAAUUCAGAUAAUCCUUCAGAUCAGUUAAGAAAUGUAGAGAAGAAAGCCCCUUUCGAACCUAUUUACUCAACAAUAAGAAAUUUGAAUAACUUUUGCUAUGUAAAUCUAUAACUAGAUUUACAGGGGCAAGAAUGUUAAAAAUAGUUUGAACAUUUUAUUCAAAUUUCAUUUUAAAGUUGAACCAACCCAAUGUUCGUAUCAUCAGAACCAUAUGCCAGGCAUAGACCAGAUAAUAAAUCUAUGUUUAGUUUUCAAACCAUAAAUGUUUCCUUUAGCAUAUGUUUAUUCUAGAUAGUUUACCUCACAGGAAGAGCAAAUUCUAGAUAGGAAACCGUUUUCGAAUGUUUACUUUAGAUAUGAUCGCUUCUCGAGCGUUGUUCACAUGGAUAGAAUAAACAUACUCACGAUAGGAAUUUUCCAUUCAUUCGUUUGCAAGAUUGCCUCUUGCAUUAAAACUUGUAUCCUUUAGGAUAACAGAUGGCACCACUCAUAAGUAUUUGCACGAUAGGUGUCGCGACGAUUAGAAAUUGCAUUCCAUGUUGGAUGCAAUUUGAGACUCUUCUAAUAAGAAUUGCAGGUCCUUUAGCUAUGGGCUUUUAGAGGUCAGCACCUAAAUUAUAAGAGUGCCAUCUGUAUUCGAAUUUCACGCAGUAAGAAUUUAGAAUACCAGUUAGAAUUGGUUAAAGGUAUAGGUAAUGAUGAUAUGAACACUAAUUAAUAUUUAUAGGUCGAUUUCCCAAAGAUUAUGUAUAUAUAGCUUAAGAGGUCUUUUGGAAAAUACAGUUCAGUUUUCACUUCCUAAUCGACAAGACGUUUGACAUUCCUUUAGUGAACAAUCCAAGUUGCCUUCGAAGAACUUGAUUAAAUCUCCAGAAAAGCAUAGAACCAAAUUGCUGGUAACUAGCACUGGAAUCCAUUCAAUCUUGUUCGGAAAUUGCAACUCCUCCGAAAGAUCCGAAAAGAUUUCCAAAACGCUUUC